UUGGGGGGUGCGUUGCCCGGAGACGGAAAGUUUGGGAGCCCGAGCAGGCUCAGCUGCAGCCCCGGGAAGGGGGUCCAGGGGGCGGCGGCCCUGGGGAUGGGGAAGGAGCAGGAGCUGCUGGAGGCGGCCCGCACCGGGCACCUCCCGGCCGUGGAGAAGCUGCUCUCCGGGAAGCGGCUUUCCUCCGGCUUCGGGGGCGGCGGCGGCGGUAGCGGCUCCGGAGGCAGCGGCGGCGGCAGCGGCGGCGGCCUCGGCUCUUCGAGCCAUCCUCUCUCCAGUCUGCUCAGCAUCUGGAGAGGGCCGAAUGUGAACUGUGUUGACAGCACUGGGUACACCCCUCUGCAUCAUGCUGCUCUGAACGGCCAUAAGGAUGUGGUCGAGGUUCUUCUGAGAAAUGAUGCGCUGACCAAUGUGGCUGAUUCCAAAGGCUGUUACCCUCUGCAUUUGGCAGCCUGGAAAGGAGAUGCCCAGAUCGUGCGGUUGCUCAUCCACCAAGGGCCCUCGCACACCAGAGUCAAUGAACAGAAUGCUCUUGAGAUCAAAGAACUCAAAAAGUACGGCCCCUUUGACCCUUAUAUCAAUGCCAAGAACAAUGACAACGAGACGGCCCUGCAUUGCGCGGCGCAGUAUGGCCACACGGAGGUGGUGAAGGUCCUCUUAGAGGAGCUCACAGACCCCACGAUGCGCAACAACAAGUUCGAGACGCCCCUGGACCUGGCUGCGCUCUACGGGAGGCUGGAGGUGGUGAAGAUGCUCCUCAACGCGCACCCCAACCUCCUGAGCUGCAACACUAAGAAGCACACCCCUCUGCACCUGGCGGCCAGGAAUGGCCACAGGGCCGUGGUCCAGGUGCUCCUGGACGCAGGCAUGGACAGCAACUACCAGACGGAGAAGGGCAGUGCUUUGCAUGAGGCCGCUUUGUUUGGCAAGACCGAUGUGGUGCGCAUCCUGCUGGCCGCAGGGAUUGACGUCAACAUAAAGGACAACCGUGGACUGACAGCCCUAGACACCGUGCGGGAACUGCCUUCUCAGAAGAGCCAGCAGAUAGCGGCACUCAUCGAAGAUCACAUGACUGAAAAAAGCAGUGCAAAAGAGGUCGAUGAAACCCCCACGCCCCCGCCGCCGCUCCUCUCCACUGCGGACUCCACACCCCAGAAGUCUCAGGGUGACAUGGAGAAAGCAGUGACUGAACUGAUCAUCGAUCUUGACACAAACGCUGAAGAGGAGGGGCCCUAUGAGGCGCUGUACAAUGCCGUCUCCUGCCACUCGCUGGACAGCAUGGCCAGUGGGCGGUCGUCUGACCGAGAGUCUGUGCCCAGGGACACCGAGGCUGCGGGCGUGAAAGCCGCUGGAGUGAGGCCUAGGGAACGGCCGCCGCCCCCAGCGAAGCCCCCACCGGAUGACGAGGAGGAAGACCGCGUGGACACGCACGUCCCCCUGCCGGCCUCCGAGGUCUUGGCCAUGAGAGCCCGAGUUCAGGGGAGCACAGCCAGGGAGGAGGAGGAGCACCCCUAUGAGCUAUUGUUAACAGCAGAAACGAAGAAAGUGGCAGCAAUGGACGGAAAAACAAAAGACCACAGGCGGAGCAGCGGCAGCCGGAGCCAGGACUCUGCGGAGGGACAGGACGGGCAGGUCCCAGAGCAGUUCUCGGGUCUCCUCCACGGCUCCUCCCCCGUGUGUGAGGUGGGGCAGGACCCUUUCCAGCUGCUCUCUGCCACUGGCCAGAGCCCUCCCGAGGGGUCCCCGGCGCAGGGCACCUGCCACGAGGCCAGCAUGCAGCUGGAGGAGACGGGUGUGCGUACUCCCGGAGGCCCUCCGCCCAGUGUCCUGGACCAGAGUAAGAGAGGAGGCUACCCAGCAGGCCUGCCUACCACCAACAGCCAAUCGCACCCCGAAACUUUGACUCACACAGCAUCUCCACACCCUGGUGGUGCCGAGGAAGAAGGAGACCGGAGCGGGGCCAGAAGCCGAGUCCCUCCCACCAGCAGACCCAAAGCUGAACUCAAACUUAGCCGUAGCUUGUCCAAGUCUGACUCUGAUCUCCUGACCUGCUCACCCACGGAGGACGCUGCAAUGGGGAGCCGGAGUGAGUCCCUGUCCAACUGCAGCAUUGGGAAGAAGAGGCUGGAGAAGUCGCCCUCCUUUGCCUCGGAGUGGGAUGAGAUUGAGAAAAUCAUGAGCUCUAUUGGAGAAGGGAUCGACUUUUCUCAGGAACAGCAGAGGAUCUCAGGUGCGCGGGCGCUGGAGCAGAGCGUCGGGGAGUGGCUGGAGGCCGUGGGGCUGCAGCAGUACGAGAGCAAGCUGCUUCUCAACGGCUUUGACGACGUCCGCUUCCUGGGGCCCAACGUGAUGGAAGAGCAGGACCUGCGGGAGAUCGGCAUCAGUGACCCCCAGCACCGCCGGAAGCUGCUCCAGGCCGCACGCUCCCUACCCAAGGUGAAGGCUCUGGGCUGCGACGGGAACAGCCCCCCAUCAGUGCCCUCCUGGCUGGACUCCCUGGGGCUGCAGGACUACGUCCACUCCUUCCUGUCCAGUGGCUACAGCUCCGUCGACACCGUGAAGAACCUCUGGGAGCUGGAGCUCGUCAACGUCCUGAAGGUCCACCUGCUCGGCCAUCGCAAGCGCAUCAUCGCCUCCCUCGCGGACAGGCCGUACGAGGAGCCGCCCCAGAAGCCCCCGCGGUUCUCCCAGCUGAGAUGCCAAGACCUGCUGUCCCAGACGUCAUCCCCCCUGAGCCAGAAUGACUCGGGCACCGUGCGGUCCGCCGACCUGCUGCUGCCUCCUGCGGACGCGGGCAGAAGGCGGCACGACAGCCUUCCUGACCCUGCAGCACCCUCUCGAGUGGAGCGCUUCAGAAUCCAGGAAGGGCACCGAGAAGCCGGGCUGACCCUUCGGCCCCCCAGCCUUGCCGCCCCCUAUGCCCCUGUGCAGAGUUGGCAACACCGGCCAGAAAAACUCAUCUUCGAGUCCUGUGGUUAUGAAGCCAAUUACCUGGGCUCCAUGCUGAUCAAGGACCUUCGAGGGACAGAAUCCACACAGGACGCUUGUGCCAAGAUGCGGAAGUCCACCGAGCACAUGAAGAAAACCCCUACCAUUAUCCUGUCCAUCACCUACAAAGGGGUCAAGUUCAUCGAUGCCUCCAACAAGAACGUGAUCGCGGAGCACGAGAUCCGGAACAUCUCCUGCGCGGCCCAGGACCCGGAGGACCUCUGCACCUUCGCCUACAUCACCAAGGACCUGCAGACUGGCCACCACUACUGCCACGUCUUCAGCACGGUGGACGUGACCCUGACCUACGAGAUCAUCCUGACGCUGGGGCAGGCGUUCGAGGUGGCCUACCAGCUGGCGCUGCAGGCCCAGAAGUCCAGGCCGCUGGGGGCCUCCGCAGCCGAGACCGUUGAGACGAAAUCUUCCAAACCGGUGCCUAAGCCGCGCGUGGGCAUGAGGAAGUCAGCACUGGAACCGCCCGACGUGGACCCAGAUGCCCAGCCCCAUGCCAGCGUCUCCUGGGUUGUGGACCCCAAACCCGACUCCAAGCGGAGCCUCAGCACCAACUGAGCCACUGAGGAACCAGCUGUGCUGCGGACACACAGGUGUGGGGAGCACAGGCUUCGCCACCACCACCACCGUCUCACCUGCAGCUCCGAAGCCCCAGGCCGGCCUCUGCCCGGAGCACCUCCUCCUGGCCGCCUGGCCCGGGCCUGCCACCUCCGGUCUUGCCGAGAGCGCCCUGCCCUGGCCGCAGAGCACUGUGGGCCUCUAGCCAAGGAGACUGGACUCCAGAGGGUCAAGAUGUGACUUGUCCAGAACACAUUUUUUAAUAGAAAAAAAUUUUUUAUAAACUGAACUUUUAACACUUGGCUGAAACCUCUAGGUUAAGCUGCCAACCUUAGAUAAGAGGACAGGGAGACAGACGGGCGCAAGGCUGGUCUGCCCAGCCUCUGUCCUGGGUGGAUUUCGUGAGGUCCGGGGGGUCGGCGAGAAGGCAGUGCCUGUGGGUGGGGGAGGGGUGGGCGCCGGGGCACAGGUGACUGCGUGUCAAACCCUCGAGUCAUACUGUUCCCUGCAACCUGCACACGUGUCCCCUCUAGACCUGGACACAGCCUGAGAGACAUUUGGCAAAAGCAAAGGCUUCUGGCCCGUGUCUGGGGCUCCAGAAGUGAGGGUGCAGGUCGGCGGAGAUGAGCAGGCAGCUCCUGGUGCCAUGAAGUCCGAGCCAGCGCCUGGAGCUCCGGCCGCGCCUGGUCUCUAACCCGCUGCCUGGGCUGCCCGCCCCGAGCCUUCGAGCCUUCGGUGGGUCAGACCACCUGAGCUGAGUCAGGAAGGAGAGAAGCAGUUCGGUUUGGGGCGUGAACGGGUAGGCCAGCUAAGACUGCGGGCGGAUCCGUGAUGGGUCUGGUCAGGUCUGAUUGGGCCUCACGUGGAUGCCCAGCGUGGGCUCAUCCCUGGCCCCUGCCCUGUCAGCCCCCCUGGGGUGCAGCAGAAGCGCGCUGAGCCCUGGGAGGCAGAGGCCACCACGCAGCUGCACGUCAGCCCCUUCAGAGCAGGGAGCAGGCCGCGCCGUGCAUCCCUGGCCCGGGAAGUUGGGGGUUGGAGUUUGCUGCUGGCGAGCAGGCAGGGAGCGCUCCUGGGCGGCCAGGACUGCAGCGGGGCCCUCGGGCCUCCCUCUGGGCUGUCCUGCGCUGGGGCCUGGCCGUCACCUCCCCUCUGGAGCAGAGGCAGAAGAGCCCCUACUUUUUGGUACUAAACAGGAACCUCGACACCUGGAAGCCUGACUUGACGUGCUGCUUCCUCUGGGGCUGCGGGGAGUCCGUCAGCUCACACUGUGCAAGGCCCAGCCCCUCCCCCGGGAGCUGGGACUGGAGGGGGUGAAGUGGCGCUGCGGUCUCUGCUGGCCAGGACGCCUCUCGCUGUCGGUGGUGGGGCCGAGAAACUAGACACUACGAUGAGUCCCUUUGGCCUAGCGUUUUUAAGUCACAUGUAGGUGUUUAUUCCCCUUGAAGCUGCUAUGUCUUCUUUAUUUAUUCAGGGUAUUUUCAUAUUAGAAAGCCUUGGCUGGUCUGCUUUGGCUCCGGGCUCUGGUUCUGAGGUUGGUUUAUUUCUGAAUAUUCACGGAAGGAAAGGACUGGGUCUCUCUCUCCCUCUCCUCUGGGGCAGGCACUGUCCCUUCCCGAGACAGAAAUGCUACCACGUUGAGGACAGGCUUCCGGGAAUAGCCCUGCCUCUGCAAGUCUCUUCUCAGCCCGCAGUGGGGCAGACCCGGCUGCAUUUCUGAGCACCGGCCGCGGGCUCUCUGGCCGCCUCUUCCGCUUGCCCGCUGCGUGCGCAGGGCGGCCCUCCUGGCGGCCGUCUGCCGCUCGCGUCCCUCUUGGGCUUCCAGCACCAGGCUGCGGGGGCCGCGCGGGCCGCCGGCUGGUCACGGUCACCCAGACGUUAGGGAGCUGGUCGGACCUGGUCUGUCAGAUGCCCAGGCCCCAGGUGACUGUCACAAAAGUACUGUUGCUCAUUGUGUGGCAAUGGGGCUGAAUUGUAAUAAAAAUGUUAUUUAAUCUUUGUCUCUGUAUUUUGAUACUUGAAUGACUUCCUUUUAUUUUACUGUACAUAUCCUUGUCGAUCUGUCCAACUUUGUCUGAAUUACAAACAUCUUGUGGUACCAAACAUGACGAUCUGUGCGACAGCAGACGGACCUCACUGCGUGGGAGUGUAAAUAUUCCUGGGCUCCCAGCUUCGGUGGUUAUUUUCAUAACUGUGCAACUUAGAACAGACUGAAUUAAUAAAUGAGA